AUGGCAAGACCAUUAGCAAAAAUAUGUGACAUCAAUGACACCAAAGAACUUUGGAAAGUUUCUGUUCGUGUGCACCACAAAUGGACAGUUGUUUCGAACAAGAGGGAGCAUUUUGAGAUGAUUUUUGUUGAUGUAUUGGGUGGUGACAUACAUGUUGUUGUUCCUGCACCGCAUGUAUCUCUAUUUUCUGAAAAAAUUGUCUUGGAUCAUAGUUACACUGUUUCCAAUUUUAAGGUUCAGGCUAAUGUUGCGGUUUUCAGACCUUCGUCUCAUAAGUUUAUGUUGAAGUUUACUGCUGGCACAACGGUUACGGAUGAUAACAACGCGGAUAUACCUCCAAAGCCGCUGGUGUUUACUAAAUUUACUGAUAUAAUAAACGGCAACUUUAACAAGGAUGUGCUAAUAGAUGUCAUUGGUAUGGUGGAAAGUAUUGGGUAUUCUCAGACCACAUCAGGAAAGUUUCCACUGUCCGUGACAAACACGUUUAAUCUUAUCGUGCUUGGUCUGAAUACUGAUUUGUUGCCGAUGAAAGAGUUUAUAGAAAGCUUUCCGAAGGAUUCCAUGAUUACGUUGUCUGGCCAGGAGGGUUCCAAUUCCCAGCUUUCGGCACAGAACUCUGAAAAUCAACAGUUGACUCCUGUUCAGAAAUUGCUUUCAAAGGCUGUUGUAAUGCCUAUUGGGGAUAUCAUAAAACUUAGAACUAUUACAUUUUGUGCGGCUGUUGGAGAAACUAAAAUGUUGGUGUCCUCUCCGUAUGGUUGGUAUUAUCGUGGUUGUCAUGCUUGCUCAUGUAUUGCGCGUGGUGACAGAGCUCCGUUUGAGUGUGAGGCUGGACAUUUCACUGAGGCAGAGAUUUUUAGGUAUAAGAUUGAGAUUGAAGUUACUCAUGUCGGGAAUAGCUGUAACUUUCUAUUUUGGGACCGAGAGUGUGAGUUACUUUUGGGAUUGUCUGCUUCUCAGAUGCGUCAUACAAUGAUUAAGGCUGGCAUUCACGAUCCCUUGGAAUUCCCACUGGCAUUGGAUCAGAUGUUGGAUUGCAAGAUGGCUUUCAAAGUUAAGUGGCAAUCACGAUGGAAGAAUGCCUCGGUCGUUAUGCUAUUGAAGAAUGACCCUUUUGUGAAAGAGCUUGCUGAUCAAUUUGACACAGAUGAAAUGAAACAACCUGGUGUUGAAGCAACGACCACUGUUCGAUCCGAACCUAAUUUUGUCGUCGUAAGGACGUUUACUGUAGUGAAAUGUACUCCACUUUUAAUGUACUGUUGA